ACACACGAUACAAAGAUGUCGUUGGUGGAUCAAGUAUCAUUCAGUGCUAAAGAGUGAGGAAAAUGGGUUGUCAACUGAAAACUCAAUUGUUUCUUCUUUUCCUUGUCUGGGGAUCAUGGACAUUUCUAUGUUAUGGUCUCCCAAGUGAGUACUCCAUACUAGCCCUUGAAAUUGACAAGUUUCCUUCGGAGGAAGGGGUGAUUGAGCUGUUCCAACGAUGGAAGGAGGAAAAUAAGAAGAUUUACAGGAGCCCAGAUCAAGAAAAGUUAAGGUUCGAGAAUUUCAAGAGGAACUUGAAAUACAUUGCAGAGAAGAACUCGAAGCGAAUUUCUCCUUACGGGCAGAGUCUCGGAUUGAACAGGUUUGCUGACAUGAGCAAUGAGGAGUUCAAGAGUAAGUUUACUUCAAAGGUGAAGAAGCCAUUUAGCAAAAGGAAUGGCUUGUCUGGUAAGGAUCACUCUUGCGAAGAUGCACCUUACUCUUUGGAUUGGAGGAAGAAGGGUGUUGUGACUGCUGUGAAGGACCAAGGCUAUUGUGGCUGUUGUUGGGCAUUCUCUUCCACUGGUGCCAUAGAAGGAAUAAAUGCAAUAGUCUCAGGGGACCUUAUAAGCCUUUCCGAACCGGAACUUGUGGACUGUGACAGAACUAAUGAUGGAUGUGAUGGAGGCCACAUGGACUAUGCUUUUGAAUGGGUUAUGCACAAUGGUGGGAUCGACACGGAAACUAAUUAUCCUUAUAGUGGUGCAGAUGGUACAUGCAAUGUAGCAAAGGAGGAAACCAAGGUUAUUGGCAUUGAUGGCUACUACAAUGUGGAGCAAUCAGAUCGUUCUCUAUUGUGUGCUACAGUGAAGCAACCCAUCAGUGCCGGUAUAGAUGGCUCUUCAUGGGAUUUUCAACUAUAUAUUGGCGGAAUCUAUGAUGGAGAUUGCUCAAGUGAUCCAGAUGAUAUUGACCAUGCAAUUUUGGUUGUGGGUUAUGGCUCAGAGGGUGAUGAAGAUUACUGGAUUGUGAAGAAUUCAUGGGGAACCUCAUGGGGAAUGGAAGGGUACAUUUAUAUUAGAAGGAAUACUAAUUUAAAAUAUGGCGUGUGUGCAAUCAACUACAUGGCCUCUUAUCCUACCAAAGAGCCUACUGCACCAUCCCCAAGUAGUCCUCCUUCACCACCAUCAUCACCACCGCCUUCACCAUUAACACCACCGGCACUACCGCCACCUUCACCACCGGCAACACCGCCACUUUCUCCACCAUUACCGCCAGCAACACCGCCACCCCUCCCACCACCUCCACCUAGUAAAUGUGGACAAUUCUCAUAUUGUCCAGCUCAUGAGACAUGUUGCUGCCUUUAUGAGUUCUUUGGUUUCUGCUUAGUUUAUGGUUGUUGUGAAUAUAAGAAUGCUGUGUGUUGCAUUUGGACCGAGUACUGUUGCCCAAGUGAUUACCCCAUUUGUGAUAUUAGAGAUGGACUCUGUCUCCAGAAGCAUGGAGAUUUAAUGGGAGUGGCUGCAAAGAAGAUAAAGAAGGGAAGGCACAAGUUACCAUGGACUAAAUUUGAACAAACAGAAAAGACAUAUCAUCACCUUCAGACGGGGAGGAAUGCUUUUGCUGCAGUGCUUUGAAUUUAAUUUUUUCUCCUCAGCUGUUAGUAUCUCUAAUGAAAAAUAUUUUAUGAACAUCCAAUGUGUUAUAUGACACCCAGUGAAAAAGGAAAAAGAGUAAAAAUAUAUGUAUUAGAAGUUAUAUUAUAUGAUCUAAUGGGAGGAAACAGAUAAAGAAAAAUAAUAAAUUGUUAACGUAGUGUUUAAAAAAAGUGAGUGUCCAUGUAACUCACCUCUCAUGUUUAGAUUUUCUCUAUAUUGUGUACCAUUGGCAUGGAUUAUAUCUAUCUGUUAGUUAGUUUCUUCUCAAUACAAGAAGCACUGAGUUGCACUAAA